AAUUAAUACACCUUUCCUCCUAAUCAACCAACACAAAACCCACAAGCUUCCAUUUUCCCAAACGGCCCCUUAGAAAUCUCUGCUCAUCUUCAAUGGGCAAGAAAACGAGCCUCCUCCCUUCCAUUUUCAAGAACAGGGAGCUUCAGAGCUCUUGGGAAUGGCGGCUUUCUUGCUCCCACACAAAGACUCUGUCUUUCCGGUCACCCACCUCCGACGGGGUUGCCACGCCGGAGUCUUUCUUCACUGAAACCUCCGGCUCCACGAGUUUCUUGACUGAUCAUUCAGAGGAAACGAUCAUAAGGGAAGUGAUGAGAUCAUCAGACAGGCUGUUCUUUGAGCCUGGAGAAUGCACAAUCAUGGAGGACCCAAAGGAGAAAAUGGUCAAUGAAGAGAGUGAAGAAGAGAACCCUUUCAAGGAGAGUGUGGUUGUGGUCAUGGACACUGAAGAUCCAUACAGAGACUUCAAGAGGUCCAUGCAGGAAAUGAUUGAGAGCUGUGAUGGGGUCCAAGACUGGGAAUGGCUUCAAGAGCUUCUUGGAUGGUAUUUGAAGAUGAAUGGGGAUGGGAAUCAUGGUUUUAUAGUUAGGGCUUUUGUGGAUUUGCUUAUAGAACUCUCUUCCACUAGUGCCAAGACUUCUUAUUCUUUAUGUACUUCAUAUUCCUCUGCUGUUUCUUGUUUAUCUCCCCCUGCUUCUCCCUUUUCCUCUCUAGGUCUGAAGGGGAUUUGAGAAAGGGGUAGGAUGAUGAAGAUACAAUAGAAUUAGUUUCUACUAGUAUGAUUUUUCACUUUUUUGCCUUUCAUAUACUUCUCCCUUCCCUCAGUUAGUGGUAGGUUGACUUUCGAGUCAAACUUCUUAAACUUUGACGAUUAAUUAUUCAAAAUUAAAAA